CGUCUCCACAAUCUAUGAUGUUGACGCAACCGGAAGAGGGCCACGCAUGCGCUGUCAGUGCAAACGAAUGAAGAAGCACUGAUAGAGUCGCAGCGAAAACCGCUACCGCAUUAAGACAAGAUGUCAGGACUACCCCGUAGGAUCGUCAAGGAGACGCAGCGCCUGUUGGCGGAGCCCGUUCCCGGGAUAAAGGCGGAGCCGGACGAGAGCAACGCCCGCUACUUCCACGUGGUGAUCGCCGGGCCGCAGGACUCGCCGUUCGAGGGCGGGACCUUCAAACUCGAACUCUUUCUCCCGGAGGAGUACCCCAUGGCGGCCCCCAAAGUGCGCUUCAUGACCAAAAUAUACCACCCCAACGUAGACAAGCUGGGGAGGAUAUGUCUAGACAUUUUGAAAGACAAGUGGUCCCCGGCCCUGCAGAUCCGCACAGUGCUGCUGUCUAUCCAGGCGUUACUAAGCGCUCCCAACCCCGACGAUCCGCUGGCCAAUGACGUCGCGGAGCAGUGGAAGAGCAACGAGGCCCAAGCCAUAGAGACAGCCCGCACGUGGACCCGGCUGUACGCGGGGAACAACAUCGAAGUGUGAAGCCGAGGGGAGCCCCUCCAGUUCCGCCGAGACUGCCUGCCUUCGUUUCCGCUCAAAGGACACAGUCUUAAGGGGGGGGGGGGGGGGGAAGAAAAAUAAUAAAAAAA